AUGGAGUGUACAACCCCGAGCGCGGCCUUCCGCAGCUCCUACCACCUGCGCCGGCACGUGCUCAUCCACACGGGCGAGCGGCCCUUCCAGUGCGGCCAGUGCCACAUGGGCUUCAUCCAGAAGUACCUGCUGCAGCGGCACGAGAAGAUCCACAGCCGCGAGAAGCCCUUCGGCUGCGACCAGUGCAGCAUGAAGUUCAUCCAGAAGUACCACAUGGAGCGGCACAAGCGCACGCACAGCGGCGAGAAGCCCUACAAGUGCGACACCUGCCAGCAGUUCUUCUCCCGGACCGACCGGCUGCUCAAGCACCGGCGCACCUGCCUGCAGACCUACUCGGUGGAGAUGCCCGCCAUGUCGCCCGGCGGGGGCAUGAUGGGCGGCGGCGGCCUCGACGAGCUCCAGAAAAGGGUGCCAAAGCUCAUCUUCAAGAAAGGAAGCAGGAAGAACACAGACAAAAGCUACCUGAACUGCGGCAAGCAGGGCCCGAUGAACAGCAAUUACGACGAUGCCAUGCAGUUCUCCAAGAAAAGGAGAUACCUGCCCACCGCCACCAGCAACAGUGCCUUCUCGAUCAACGUGGGCCACAUGGUCUCCCAGCCGUCCGUCAUCCAGGCCGCCGGGGUCAGCGUCCUGGAGAGCGAGGCCCCGCUGUCGCUGAUCGACUCCUCCGCGCUGAACGCGGACAUCAAGUCCUGCCACGACAAGUCCGGCAUUCCUGACGAGGUCCUGCAGAGCAUCUUGGAUCAGUACUCCAGCAAGUCGGAGAGCCAGAAGGAGGACCCUUUCAGCAUCGCCGAGCCGCGCGUGGAUUUACACGCCUCAGGAGAGCACUCGGAGCUGGUGCCCGAGGGGAGCCUGAGCCCCGGCACCCAGACCCCCUCCAGCGACAAGGCCAUGGUGUUGCAGGAAUACUCCAAAUACCUCCAGCAGGCGUUCGAGAAAUCCACCAACGCAGGUUUCGCGCUCGGACACGGUUUCCAGUUCGUCAGUCUGUCCUCACCUCUCCACAACCACACGUUGUUCCCGGAAAAACAGAUUUACACUACGUCUCCCUUGGAGUGUGGUUUCGGCCAGUCUGUUACCUCAGUGUUGCCAUCUUCGUUGCCAAAGCCUCCUUUUGGGAUGUUGUUCGGAUCGCAGCCGGGUCUGUACCUGUCUGCUCUGGAUGCCACCCACCAGCAGUUGACCCCUUCCCAGGAGCUGGACGAUCUGAUCGACUCUCAGAAGAAUCUAGAGACUUCCUCGGCCUUCCAGUCCUCAUCUCAGAAACUGCCGAGCCAGAAGGAGCAGCAGAAAAACUUGGAGUCCUCCACCAGCUUUCAGAUGCCAUCUCAGGAGUUAGCGAGCCAGAUGGACCCUCCGAAGGACAUCGAGCCUCGAGCAACGUACCAGAUCGAGAACUUUGCACAGGCGUUCGGUUCUCAGUUCAAGUCGGGCAGCAGGGUGCCAAUGACCUUUGUCAGUAACUCUAACGGCGAAGUGGACCACAGAGUCAGGACUUCGGUGUCAGAUUUCUCAGGGUACACAAACAUGAUGUCCGAUGUGAGUGAGCCAUGUAGUACACGAGUAAAGACGCCCACCAGCCAGAGCUACAGGUAAGCCCCCAGGUGACAGGCUGGCGGUCGAAGGAUGCGGUUUCUGUUUCGUUCUGAGAACACUGCCAUUGGAAUGUUUGUACACGAUCCUCUUAAGAAUAAUGUAAUGCCCUUUCAAUGCAACUUUUCAUAUUUAGUUUAUUUUGUUAGUGUGAUUUUAGCUCUGUUUCUAUUAUGAUUUUUAAUCGAAAUCAAUAGAUUAAAAAUAGUUUGACAUUCAAAGUGACAAUGUUUAGCAAUCAAAUUUACAUGUAUAGAUCGUCAGGGAAUAGCCCAAAAGUUUUAAAUGCAAAAAAAAAAAAAAAGAAAAAAGAAUGGAAAAAAAAGAAAAAAAACUAUGUAAAAAUACAAAACAAAAAAACUUUGUUGCUAGGAUUAAGGUUAUUCUAAUUGCUUUACUCUCAGGAAAGUGUAAUAACGCAUGGGAAUUCUGUACGCUAUCACUGUAAUGGGAUAUCCAGUUUACAGAUGAUAUGGUAUACGUUUCACCAUUUCAGUAAGGGAUCGAAAACAUUUCAAAUUGCUCUGUCUGGGCUGAUAGGAUUUACAUUUCAUCGUUUGAGUAAGGGAUCGAAACAUUUCAAAUUGCUGUCUCCAUCUGGGCUGAUGCGAAGUUCGAGAUGUGGGCGACCCGUGUUCUGUGGCGGCUUCUUACUGUGCCCUGAGCUUCCCGACCACGUCCAUCCCAGCCGGGCAGGACGGAUUCUGGGACCUUUGAUCAAAGCCUGGGAUGAUAGCUUUAAUUAAAGAAGAAAUAAUCUUUAAAAAGCACCCUCUCCUUGCCCCACGUGUGACCAGGCUGCGGUUCCAUGAGGAGUCAGUCAGCUGACGUCUGGCCAGUGUUGAAGCCCGAGUCGGGUGCCAGUGUUAGGACCCACGUUGGAAUUACAUAGUUUGAAACGGGGGGUGUGUGUUGUUGUUCUGCGCAGCCGAGAGGCACUGUCCUCUUGUCUGGUACACGUCACCCACACUUCUGGGUGCUUGUGUUUUUGUUUUUUUUCUCCUUCUGAACCUACGCUCUUUCUAAGAGUUCUGGGCCUUGUCUUGACAGUUUCAAUUUUAGAAUGAGUUACAUUCCAAUAAGCAUCUUACAUGCCUAUGGCAUCCAAAUACUAAACAAUAAGAUGAACACCUGCCACUCCCCACCUUGAACAACAACAACAACAGAACCCCGUCUAGAUUUUCACGUGUCAGAACGCCCCACGCACUCGGAGCUGGAGAGGUGACGAAGGUGUGUAAUUCCAGCUGGUGCCAUAGCUCACGGGAGGGGGGGUAGGGGUGGGCCUGCCUUUCGUAGUGACCUCAGAGCCUCUUGGUGGAGCCGCAGCCUGGUCGCACGGUGCACGGGGCGCCCGUCAGUAUUGUGCCGGGGCCGUUCGCAGUCACCCGAGCCAGCUCCCAGCCCCGAUUGCCGUUCGCAGCUGCUGGCGACGGUGGCUGUGCUCCGAACCACUUUUUAGCCAUUGUAUUUUCCUCCUGAUGAUAUUUUUUAAUGGACUUGGGUGUUUGCGCUGAUGAGUUUUUAUGUACUUUUGGGGAUGUCUCAGUCUUACGUCCUCCGCUGACGUCAGGAAAGUACCACUGUUUGUUUGCAGUCUGAUUGUGUAACCAGCCUCACGGCGUCCGUGUGUGAUACAGUCAUUAAUUCUGUGCGAGUGUAAAACACUUCUGUUAUGAAAGCAGUGUUUGGGAAAUAAGAAAUUAUUAAAAUGGUUACAAAAUACUAGUUAAUUUCCUCCCCACACUUUUCCUCCCUGAGGUGUUGCUUUUGCCAGCUGAAGGCUCACCUGCCUGUCACCGCAGGAUUCUUAGACAAUGUGUUUAACCCUCUUACAUACACUUGGUUCUAAAGUCUGUAUUUCUUACCUGGGGAACGCGGUUGAGUUCUGCGGGGUGCAGAGUGCGAGCUGUGAGGAGGACGGAGAGGACCUUCCCACUGUAUCUGAAGAUGUAUGGUCCCCCGUGUUUUGUUUUAUACAGGUUUUGGAUUUCUCUAACUUUUAUUGUGUGUACUGAAACUGCAUAUGUAUUAUUCUGAUUGUUUGCUCUAGUUUACUACCAAUAAAAGAACCGUUAAUCACAAAAUUGCAAA